GCGAUGGAUUACCUUUCUAAGCCUGGCCUCGUCAACCUAAUUGCCGGAGUCGCCUGUGGGGUAUGCCUGGGCUGGGGCCUUCGGAGACGGUUGUUCCGCCCGUCCAAAGCCAGAUUGACCAUGGUUGCCAAUGAACUGGGUGUCGAGGCCAGCACUAUGGGCGAAAGUGGUGAAUUCAAGAUGGUGAUCGUGGUCCGUACUGACCUGAAGAUGGGCAAGGGCAAAGUGGCCGCCCAGUGCUCCCACGCCGCCGUGGCGACCUACAAGCAACUCCUGCGCCUCAACCCCGAACUCCUGAAGCAGUGGGAGUAUUGUGGCCAGCCGAAGGUGGUCCUGAGGGCUCCCGAUGAGGAAACUCUCCAGCAGCUCAUGGCAGAGGCCAAAGCACUGGGCUUGGCGGUCAGCUUAAUCCAGGAUGCAGGACGCACGCAGAUCGCCCGAGGCUGCCGGACUGUCCUGGGCAUCGGGCCGGGACCAGCAGAGAUUGUGGAUAAAGUUUCUGGCCACUUAAAACUUUUUUGA